AUGUUGGAUUCAGUUAGUCCAUUGUUACCGGUUACAGCUAGUAUGUUGUCAAAGGAAGCAUCAAAGUCACAAACUGUACAUGAACAAGUGCAGCAAAAUUCACUGAACUCUACCUCUCUUGCAUCACAAGCAGUACGUGAACAAUUGCAGCAACUGCCACUGGAUUCCACCACUCGUGCUUCUGCCGAAAAAAGAAAAAGAGGCAAAACUCUGAUGCCAAGUGUUCAUGGUAGGAAAGAACGCAAGCUAAUUGUGCUAAACGAGAACAAUCAACCCAUAGGUCCUACUCAUGAUGUUGUAGCAGAGUUGGGUAGUUUCCUUGGCACAUUGGCAAGGAAUGCGGCCUUUUGUCCUCUUAAUAUGUUUAAUUGGAGGAAACUUGAAACAAAAGAAGAUAUGUGGAAAUAUAUCAAGGGAAAAUAUGACAUUCCUGAUGCAGCAAAAAGGUGGGUUUUUGAUUCAAUUCAGAAUGCUUGGAGAAAGUAUAAGAAUCAAUUAUUGAAUGACCAUUAUAAAGCCUAUGAGAAUGACGAGCUUCGAAUGGAGAAUAGGCCGGUUGAUGUUCCUGAAUCUCAAUUUAGGGAUCUUCUUAAUUAUUGGAACUCUUCUGCCUACAAGAAAAUGUCCCAAACCAAUACCGAGAAUCGCAAAAAGUUAAAAUAUCCACACACUACUGGCAAAAAAAGUUUUGCUCGAAUAUACGAGGAAAAAAAGAAAGAAACUUCUGAGCCUCUAUCAAGCAAGGAUAUCUUUGUGGCUACACGAAAAAGAAAACCCGAUCGAGUAUACAAGGCCUCGUAUGCGGAUACACUUACUAAAAUUGCUAAAAUGGAAAAAAUACAAUCAACACAAGAAAGUGAAGAUGGAAGUCAAUCAGUUGAUGCAUUUGCAUCUGUCAUGGGACCUGAGCAUCCAGGUCGCCUAAGAUUGUAUGGACGUGGGGUUACCAAGACUUCCUUAAAAAGAAAAGUGGGAGAUUUUGGAACCUCAAGUUCUACUGAUGAGGAAAAGUUCAAUGCACAAAAAGAUGCCAUCGAACUACAAGUUGCAGUUAAAAUCAUUUCACAACUUAAGCAUCUGAAUCCAGAUUUACGGGUUGAUCCCAACAUGCUAGCUUUCAAUGCUCGUUCACCUGGAGAAGCUUCCUCUGCACAACAAGCUGUUGUACAACUAAUCAAUCGUCUAUCUACUGAGAGUAAUAAUCAAGUGUGGUCUUAUGUUGCCUAG